CCGCGAUGGCUUGAGCGCGCGGAGAGGCUGCCGCUCGGCGCCGAGCGGGGCUCCUGCGGUGAGCGCGGCCGGCGGGGCCGGGCACCUGCCUCACCGGACCUCGGCUCCCUUCUCGUCUGAUUUACUUCUUUUGCGUCGCGGCGGUGUAAGGCGUCAUGUCGAAGGUGAUCCAGAAGAAGAACCACUGGACGAGCAGGGUGCGCGAGUGCACCGUGAGGCGCGGACCGCGAGGCGAGCUGGCGCUGAGCGUGCUGGGCGGCGCGGAGCACGGGGAGUUCGCGUACCUCGGAGCGGCCGCGGCGGCCGGGCUCCCAGGCGGGGGUGCGGGCCCGGCGCCGGGCGAGGGCGAGCUGCUGCUGGAGGUGCAGGGCAUCCGCGUGUCCGGCUUGCCCCGCUACGACGUGCUGGGCAUCAUCGAAAACUGCGCGGAGGCCGUCACCUUCAAAGCCGUCCGACAAGGAGGAAGACUCACCAAAGACCUGCGACAUUUUCUCAGUCAGCGGUUCCAGAAAGGGUCUCCUGAUCAUGAACUCCAGCAGACCAUAAGGGACAACCUUUACCGCCAUGCUGUGCCUUGCACAACCCGAUCUCCCAGAGAAGGAGAAGUGCCUGGUGUGGAUUACAAUUUUCUGACUGUGAAGGAGUUCUUGGACCUUGAGCAGAGUGGGACUCUUCUGGAAGUUGGCACCUAUGAAGGAAACUAUUAUGGGACACCCAAACCUCCCAGCCAGCCAGUCAGUGGGAAAGUGAUCACAACGGAUGCCUUGCAAAGCCUUCAGUCUGGCUCCAAGCAGUCGACCCCAAAGCGAACCAAGUCCUACAAUGAUAUGCAAAAUGCUGGCAUAGCCCAUGCAGAGAACGAGGAGGAGGAUGACGUUCCUGAAAUGAACAGUAGCUUCACAGCCGAUUCUGGUGACCAGGACGAGCAGGCUCUCCAGGAGGCAGCGCUCCCACCUGUGAACAGUGGCACCUCCGCGGCUCCCAUCACGGACCCUUCUCAGAAGUUUCCUCAGUACCUACCUCUUUCUGCAGAGGAUAACUUAGGUCCUCUACCUGAAAACUGGGAGAUGGCCUAUACGGAAAAUGGAGAAGUCUACUUUAUAGACCACAACACAAAAACAACAUCUUGGUUAGACCCUCGGUGCCUGAACAAACAGCAGAAGCCUCUGGAAGAGUGUGAAGAUGACGAAGAAGGGGUCCACACCGAGGAGCUGGACAGUGAACUAGAACUGCCUGCUGGUUGGGAAAAGAUCGAAGACCCUGUCUAUGGUGUCUACUAUGUAGACCACAUCAACAGGAAGACACAGUAUGAGAACCCAGUCCUUGAAGCCAAACGAAAAAAGCAGCUUGAGCAGCAGCAACAGCAGCAGCAGCAGCAGCAGCAGCCGCCACCACCAGAAGAGUGGACAGAAGAGCAUUCAUCCCUCGUGCCUCCUGUUAUCCCAACCCACCCCCCAAGCAAUCCGGAGCCAGCCAGAGAAGCUCCACUUCAGGGCAAACCCUUUUUUACACGAAACCCUUCUGAACUGAAAGGCAAGUUCAUUCACACAAAGUUGCGGAAAAGCAGUCGGGGCUUUGGCUUCACAGUGGUUGGUGGGGACGAGCCCGAUGAAUUCCUCCAGAUCAAGAGCUUGGUCCUCGAUGGUCCUGCUGCACUGGACGGCAAGAUGGAAACAGGAGACGUAAUUGUCAGCGUAAAUGACACCUGCGUUUUAGGACACACGCAUGCCCAAGUUGUGAAAAUCUUCCAGUCCAUUCCCAUCGGUGCCAGCGUAGACCUUGAGCUCUGCCGAGGUUACCCAUUGCCUUUUGACCCAGAUGACCCCAAUACAAGUUUAGUGACCUCGGUAGCCAUCUUGGACAAAGAACCAAUUAUUGUGAAUGGACAAGAGACCUAUGACUCACCUGCAAGCCACAGUAGUAAAACAGGCAAAGUCAGCAGCAUGAAGGACGCCAGGCCCAGCAGCCCAGCUGACGCCACCUCAAACAGCUCCCAUGGUUACCCCAACGACACGGUCUCUUUGGCUUCCUCGAUAGCCACUCAGCCUGAGCUCAUCACGGUUCACAUAGUCAAAGGGCCUAUGGGCUUCGGCUUCACCAUCGCGGACAGUCCUGGCGGCGGCGGCCAGAGAGUGAAGCAGAUCGUUGACAGCCCCCGGUGCCGAGGCCUGAAGGAGGGGGACCUCAUCGUGGAAGUAAAUAAGAAGAACGUGCAGGUGCUCACCCACAAUCAGGUGGUAGACAUGCUGAUCGAGUGUCCGAAGGGCAGCGAGGUCACCCUGCUGGUGCAGCGAGGAGGGCUGCCUGUUUCCAAGAAGAGCCCCAAGUCGCAACCACUGGAGAGGAAAGACAGCCAGAAUAGUUCUCAGCACAGUGUUUCCAGUCACCGGAGCCUGCACACAUCAUCCCCAAGCCACAGCGCGCAGGUGCUCCCUGAGUACCCACCCGCAGAGGCCCCUGCUGCUGAGCAGACUGACAGCUCUGGGCAGAAAAAACCGGAUCCUUUUAAAAUCUGGGCCCAGUCCAGGAGCAUGUAUGAGAACCGACCUAUGUCACCUUCACCUGCACCGGGAUUGAGCAAGGGUGAAAGAGAGCGAGAAAUCAGUUCCACGAAUUUUGGAGAAUGUCAGAUUCCAGAUUACCAGGAACAGGACAUCUUCCUCUGGAGGAAAGAGACUGGAUUCGGAUUUAGAAUUCUAGGUGGAAAUGAGCCGGGGGAACCUAUUUACAUCGGUCACAUUGUACCACUGGGCGCUGCUGAUACAGAUGGUCGCCUGCGGUCUGGCGAUGAGUUGAUCUGUGUGGACGGGACACCGGUAAUAGGGAAAUCACACCAGCUCGUGGUCCAGCUUAUGCAACAAGCAGCCAAGCAAGGCCACGUCAACCUCACAGUGCGGCGUAAAGUGGUGUUCGCUGCGCCCAAGCCCGCCGAGCCCGAGGUGCCUUCGCCCGCGUCCUCGCACCACAGUGGCACGCAGCCGGCCUCACUGGCCGAGGGCAAGCGCACGCCGCAGGGCAGCCAGAACUCGCUGAGCACCGUGAGCUCGGGCAGCGGCAGCACCAGCGGCAUCGGCAGUGGGGGCGGCGGCGGCAGCGGCGUGGUGAGCACAGCCGUGCAACCCUAUGACGUGGAGAUCCGGCGCGGCGACAGUGAGGGCUUUGGCUUCGUCAUCGUGUCCUCGGUGAGCAGGCCCGAGGCGGGCACGGCCUUCGCAGGCAAUGCAUGUGUGGCUAUGCCUCACAAAAUAGGUCGGAUUAUUGAGGGGAGCCCUGCUGACCGCUGUGGCAAGCUGAAAGUAGGAGACCGGAUCUUGGCAGUAAAUGGAUGUUCCAUCACCAACAAAUCCCAUUCAGACAUUGUCAACCUAAUCAAGGAAGCAGGAAACACAGUUACCCUGCGCAUCAUUCCCGGGGACGAGUCCUCGAAUGCUACCUUGCUGACCAAUGCAGAGAAGAUCGCCACCAUCACCACUACCCACGCCCCUUCUCAGCAGGGCUCCCAGGAGACCAGGAAUACCACCAAACCAAAGCCGGAAUCCCAGUUUGAGUUCAAAGCACCCCAGGCCACACAGGAGCAGGACUUUUAUACUGUGGAACUGGAAAGGGGAGCCAAGGGGUUUGGCUUUAGUCUGCGAGGAGGUCGGGAGUAUAACAUGGACCUCUAUGUUCUGCGCCUAGCAGAGGACGGGCCUGCGGAGAGGUGUGGGAAGAUGAGGAUUGGUGAUGAAAUUCUAGAGAUCAAUGGCGAGACCACCAAAAACAUGAAGCAUUCUCGGGCCAUAGAACUGAUUAAGAAUGGUGGCCGCAGAGUUCGUCUGUUUCUGAGGCGGGGAGACGGCUCGGUCCCAGAAUAUGACCCCGGCAGCGAGCACGGCGGCCCCGCCGGGGCCCACGGGGGCCCGCCAGUGAGGCCAGGCCGCCGGCCCCCGCCGCUGGAGCCCGGCCGCGCCCCCGACCGCCGCCAGACCCCGCAGCAGCACGCGGAGAAGCGGGCGCACGGGCCGGACGCCCGGGGCAGCAGGGAGCGCCGCGCGCCGCCCCCGGAGCACCACACCUGGAACGGGACCCCGCGCCGGCCGGCUGGCGGCCCCGAGCGGCCCCAGGAGCGCGCGGCCCGGCGCCGGUCCCCCGAGGGCCGCAGGGAGGGCACCCGCAGCGCAGACACCACGCUGGAGCGCAGGGAGCCGCGCCACGGCGACCGCAGGCCUGGGGGCUCCCCCGAGCGGCGGCGCCGGUCCCUGGAGCGGCCCCCGGGUCCCCGCGCGCCCGAGCGCAGGGCCAAGUCCUCCGAGCGCAGGCGGGAGCGCUCGCUGGACCCCCGCGGCCGCGAGGACAGAGGCGGCCACCGCGAGCGGGACCCGGCGGACGCGAGGCAGGAAGGCGGGAGAGGCCCGCGGAACCCCCCGGAGCCGCGACGGAGACCCUACCGAGAAUGUAGCACGGACCUCAGCAUCUGAGACCCGCGGAUCCAGCCUUGACCGGUCAGAGGUCCGGGAGGAAGGCGGCUGCAAACCCGAGACGAUCUAGUUUCUUACUGGAGGACGCACCUGACACCUGACGGUCCCAUGAGUAGGGACGUUUUAUGCAUUUGGAAUCUUACAAGAAAAAACAAUAUGAAAAGUGUUGUGCCUGAUGUAUAUUAAAGAAAGUAUUUUUAAAUGCAUACUUUUUUUGGAAGUUAUUUGCCAAAUACUGGCCCAAAGGGAUAUAAAUUUUGUUUUUAAGUAAACUGUAGAAUUGUUAAGAAGCAUUCCCCUUUUGGAGCAGUCUUUUUUCCCUGCUGGUGAAAUGGGGCUGUUGUUGGUCAUUUUCUGGAAGUAAAGGAAAUUAUUAUGUUGAAGUAACUCGAUGCAAACUGUUAAGUAGUGACAUAGUAUUAUACUGUAGACAAGAGUUGUUCUUUAAGGCAAAGAGUAAGAAGGCAAACUUCUGUUGUGAGGACUGAGGACCUUUUGGAAUGGAUGGGAUUGCCAAUGAUCCUGAUGUUAAGGAAGCAAACUGUGUGAGUAGACUACUAUCGCAAAUGAAGGAUAUUUAUAGCUAAACUGCACAGCACAAAGGAAGUUUAUGUUCUUGAGUUAUAAUUGGUUCCAAACAGCUUGUAUCCUCCCUGGCCCAAGGGAGGACAGACACGAGAAGGCUGACCACUGUGCAGCCGAAGCCCGGAUCAUGGGGUCCUCAGUAUCCCUGCCCCAUGAGUAGGGUUUCCGGAUGCCAGUGCCUUGGCAGCUCUGCUCAGAUGCUAGAAGGGACAGGCCAUCAGCACCUAUGUCCUGUGGUCUUUUGCAAAGCCGAGUAGGGGAAGGAAUGUAGGAUAGUGUGGUGGGUGUGGAGGAGACCUGACCAUCCUCAGCACAAAAAGCCUGCCCCUGCACUAGCCUAGGCCUAUGGUUAUGCUGAGAUGCCAGUAGGAAACAGACUGAGCUUUCCUGGAAGGAACCUCCUCACUCUCUCUGUGUUUGAGAGGUGAGUGCUGAGUCUGCUCAUUCCUAGAGGCUGAGACUGGGUGGCAGGAAAGGAAAGACAAGAUCCUCAGGUGCCAGCUCUGUUUGGGACCCCUCUGCCAUUGUGACCCUGUCCUUUGUGUCUGGACAAGAAGAAAACUUAAUGAUUUUUUCUUUUUAAAGAAACCCGUUCUUUUCUGCCCCUCAGGAGGUGUGGUUGGGGUGGUAGCCCAGGUGUGAUUUAAAUGGAUUACUGCCUAGCUGAGCCAAAUGUCUGCUUGUUCCUGUUGGAUCACUACAGCCAACCACUGUUCACAGCGCGUCGCGUGUGUACUGUUUUGCAUCUUCCACGCGGACACAAACCUUCGCAAGUCAAUCACUGUUGUUCCCAUGGUACUGUAUUUAAAAAAAAAAAAAAGGAAAAAGAAAUAAAACCAGCCAAUCAUUGUGUAUACAGAGUUAAAAGUUGUAAUUAAUAGAGCCUGUUUAAAAAAAAAACAACUGUUGCCUUUUUUCUUGUAUAAAAGAGAAUUUAUGAAAAAAUUUAGCUGUGAGGAAUGUGAUAUGUGUUUAUAUUUCUGAGCAAAUUGAUUUAUGGGGAUAUAUUUUAAUGUAAACUAAAUCAGGUAUGUAAAGUUGUUUUAAAGCGGGAGACUGUAAGUAAUUCUCUGCAGCUUUAGUUGGUUUGGGGUGCCUCAUCUCCACGGUGAGCCUGCCUGUGAAUUAUGAAGCACUUGUUCACAUUCUCUGUUCUCCACUCGUUUAUUUCUUGCAGCGUGCUACGGACUUAAUGCUCUUUCUGUAUUGAUGAAAAGCAGUAUGUGGGCCAAUCUUUUUAUAAAACACUAUGCAUAUAUAAAUAUUACAUUGUUCAUAGCUUUAUUUGACUUAUGGAUUAUAGAUAACAGUAGAGUAAGUAGAUGUAGUUAUGUAGACACUUAGGAAAUCAGUUCCUUUCCUGGAGCGGACACAGUGUACAUUCUGUAGCUAAAAAGAAGGGAAAGACUGCUGUUUUUAUUGCCAGAGUUUUCCGUAGAAAGCAUACACUGAGCUGUAAUAGUAAGAUGAGGAAAAGUACAGCUAAAUAACAGUGUUUUUUCCCGUUUCCUAAGAGCCAACUUGGAGAUUUUAUUCCUGAAACUCCACUGCUGAGAUUUUCCUCGCUAGUUCUGGUACAAUCUGGGAUAUUAAACAACCAGUGGUCUCAGUAAUAGUCCAGGGUUUCAGCCAAGUGGAAUCAAGGUGGGUUUUCAGGUGCAUACUGGAGUUAACAUUUGGAUGCUUUCUUGUUAUAAGAGGUGACGUUUGAUGUUUUUAACCUGUUCAGUCCACUUGAUCUUUCCUCAGUUCAUGAGGACUUUCAGUGUGGAACUUGCUCCUUAAUUCCACACAUCAGAUUUGUUUUGGAAAUACCAUACUGUACAGGGACUAUGCAUUAAGCAGAAAGAUACAUUUUCUUUGACGUACUGUAACUUUAAAUUGGAAGUCAAUUCUUGUGAGCCUACUUUCCCUAAACUCCAUGUAAAUGUGUUGAAAAGCAAUGAUGGAUGAGUAUUUUAUAUAAUUAAAUCAAACCAUCUAGGGAUUCCCCUUCCAUUUCACAGUUGAUGCCUGAAACAGUGUAGGGGGAACUCAACACCCUACUUGUAUUUUUUAAGUUUCUUUUGUGAAAGAUUUUAAAUGCAUUUUUAUUGUGAAAAUACAUGAAAACAUGGUUCAGUAACCAC